UACUGUGUGUGUGUUGCAGGUUGUGUGGGCGGUGUGUGUGCGCUUGCCAACGUGCUGGGUCGUGAGGUGUGUGAGCUGGAGCAGCUGUGUAUGUCGGGACGGUGGGAAGAAGCCAGUGCUCUGCAGCGGCGCCUCAUAGAGCCCAACACUGCUGUGACCAGGAAGUAUGGCGUUCCCGCUCUCAAGCAGGCGAUGGAGUGGUUUGGUUACCACGGCGGCACCUGUCGCUCUCCUCUUCAACCGCUCUCAGAGGCCGAAUCACAGCAGCUCAGACUGGACUUCUCCACCAACGGCUGGCUCUGAAGGGGACAGGGGGCAGGACUGAGUAGAAGACAGGGGACUGGGCCUCUGCUCCAGGUUGAAGUUGGCAUCAUAGAACAUUAUGGCAUCAUUGACUUGAAUGUGGAUUUCCUUUCUACUCAUUCUAAUUAUAUGGUUGGCUCUAACCACAGAUCUAGGAUCAGGUGACUCUACACCCAAUCCUAACCUUAACCAUUAGGGAGUUGAGAAAAGAUGUGACCCUGUAUCAGUUGUUAGGGGCAGCGUCAACCUACUGUGACUGUUUCAUACAUGCAUAGCUUCCUUCCCUUCCUGGCCUUAAAUCUAAGAGGACUUGAUAGUUGAAAUCAAUAACCAAUCCAGUCCUUUCACCUAUCAGUGGUCAUGCUGCCUUGCUAUACUCCUGGGACAGACCUCUCCUCUACAAACCUUUCAUCUCCAUGGGAUCACCUGUACAAAUAAAAUACAGAAAUAAACAGACAAAUGAGAAUAAACAGAUUGUUGUAAAGAAAGGAAAA